ACAAAGUAGUACAGCAGCGGAUUGAGGUGCAGACAGUCGGACCUCUGAACACAAACUCACACACACCUACCGGACCGCAGCGCGUCCCGUUCCCGCACCGACCGAUGAGAUGCUCCGGUCUCCGGGCCUCACAUAGAUGUCGCCUCCGGGGAGCCAGCACAAGAAUAAAAUGGCCCCAAAUUCCAUCCACUGGUUCCGAAAGGGCCUCCGUCUCCAUGACAACCCAGCUCUGCGGGAGGCAGUCCAGGGGGCAGCGACGGUGCGCUGCGUUUACUUCCUGGACCCGUGGUUCGCGGGCUCCUCCAACGUCGGGGUCAACAGGUGGAGGUUUCUCCUCCAGUGUUUGGAGGAUCUGGAUGCCAGCCUUCGUAAGCUCAACUCCCGCCUUUUUGUCAUCAGGGGGCAGCCAGCCAACGUGUUCCCGCGGCUCUUUAAGGAGUGGAAGAUCUCUCGGCUGACCUUUGAAUACGACUCGGAGCCUUUUGGGAAGGAGAGAGACGCCGCCAUCAAGAAGCUGGCAAUGGAGGCGGGCGUGGAGGUCAUCGUCAAAAUAUCACACACCCUCUAUGACCUCGACAGGAUCAUCGAGCUGAACGGGGGACAGCCUCCUCUCACCUACAAGCGUUUCCAGACUCUGAUCAGUCGGCUGGAUCCUCCCGAGAUGCCCGCCGAGAUGCUGUCGGACGCGCUGAUGGGCCGCUGCGUCACGCCCGUCUCUGAGGACCACGGGGACAAGUACGGCGUCCCGUCCCUGGAGGAGCUGGGCUUUGACACGGAGGGGCUGCCGUCAGCCGUGUGGCCGGGAGGAGAGACGGAGGCCCUGACCAGGAUAGAGCGCCACCUGGAGAGAAAGGCGUGGGUGGCGAAUUUCGAGCGUCCCAGGAUGAACGCCAACUCGCUGCUGGCCAGCCCGACGGGCCUCAGCCCGUACCUGCGUUUCGGCUGCCUCUCCUGUCGCCUCUUCUACUUCAAGCUCACUGACCUCUACCGCAAGGUGAAGAAGAACAGCUCUCCGCCGCUCUCCCUGUACGGACAGUUACUGUGGCGCGAGUUCUUCUACACCGCCGCCACCAACAACCCGCGCUUCGACAAGAUGGAGGGAAACCCCAUCUGCGUCCGCAUUCCCUGGGACAAAAAUCCCGAGGCGCUCGCCAAGUGGGCCGAGGCGAAGACGGGCUUUCCAUGGAUAGAUGCCAUCAUGACUCAGCUGAGGCAGGAGGGAUGGAUCCAUCACUUGGCCAGGCACGCCGUGGCCUGCUUCCUCACCAGAGGAGACCUGUGGAUCAGCUGGGAGGAAGGAAUGAAGGUGUUUGAGGAGCUGCUUCUGGAUGCAGACUGGAGUGUGAACGCGGGCAGCUGGAUGUGGCUGUCCUGCAGUUCAUUUUUCCAGCAGUUUUUCCACUGCUACUGCCCCGUGGGCUUCGGCCGGCGCACCGACCCCAACGGGGACUUCAUCAGACGAUACUUACCUGUCCUCCGAGGUUUUCCCGCUAAGUUCAUCUACGAUCCGUGGAACGCUCCCGAGCCCGUGCAGGCAGCAGCCAAGUGCAUCAUCGGAGUCCAUUACCCGAAGCCCAUGGUGCACCACGCAGAGGCGAGCCGGCUCAACAUCGAGAGGAUGAAGCAGAUCUACCAGCAGCUGAGUCGAUACAGAGGACUGGGCCUGCUGGCAUCUGUGCCGUCCACCAACGGGAACGGGAACGGGGGGAUGAUGGCCUAUUCUCCCGGAGAGCAGCAGCCAGGGACCAACAACAGCAACAAUUCACACUUGCCUGGAGUGUCGGGGAGCCCGGUUCCAGCAGGAAAUGGCAGCGGAAGCAUCCUGCUCAACUUUGACAGUGAAGAGCAGACGGGACCCGGCGGCGUUGGACAACAGCAGCAACGACUGCAGCCUUUGCUGCAGCAGCAGCAGCAUGGAUACCACUCAGUGCCAGACGCCAGCCAGAGCACCAGCAGCCAGCUCUACCACGAGUUUGCUGUGCCUCAGCACCCAGGACUCCUUCUGCACCCCAGGGGCGGCAUCACGGGAAAACGGGAGCGCGAGUCGGAACGCGGGGGGUCGGGGGAAGAAGAGGUGGCGUCCUGCUCCGUACACAAGAUGCAGCGGCAGAGUGCAGAGGCUACCUAGAGCAGGUGGAGAAGAGACCGUCCAUCCAGCCGGCAGAGAGAGGAAACCCCGACAUGACCGCUCUGUCCUCCAAUCACAGCAGCUUCAGACAGUCUCCUCCUCCUCUUCCUCACACACACACAAACUCCCCAGGGUGCAAACACAGAGGUGAAAAUGUGUCGGCCGGUUCGAGUCUGUUGACCUCUGACCUCAGAGGAAUGUGCAAAGAAACAAAUGACCUCAGACUUACAGCUCGGCAGAUUAUUUCUAAUAAAAUAAAUAAACCGACUAAAAAAAAAACAAACGUGUCUUAAACUGCUGCCACCAGCGACAACACCGAAGCAGCUACCAGUGUACGAGAGGCGGGAUCAAACCCAGCUCAGCGUUACCCAUUCUUCUUCUAUUCACACAGGUUCACACAGGAAACGGCAGCUGAAGCAGCCGCUCUCAGCCCGCCACUGCUUCAUAUGAAAUAUGCUGUUAAAAAAUCACGAACCAGAGGCACCUGAGCAGGUGAGGCGCUGAUAUUUAAGCUGUAAUGCAGAUUAAUUCCGGCGGGGUGAAACUUUCUUUCCUCUGUCUGUGUAAAUAAAGUUUUUUGUUUGUUUGUUUUUUGGAUACUGGAGGUGCAGCUGGUUAUGAAAUCCUCUUAAAGGUACUUGCUGUGAUUCCAUGUACAGUUUCACUGAGACUCACCACCACCAGGGGCAGCAUUUCUCCAGUGAGUGUCUUCAGAUUUUUAUUUUUCUGCCCUCACAGGGUUACCUGUCCCCGCCCACCACUCUGUGUGUUUGGAACCACUCACCUGGUUCAGUAAAUAUUAAAGUGAUGCUGCAGUUCAGCUUCAGCUAAAAUCUCAACACUUCAAAGUCACAGAUUCUUCUUCCUGCUGCUCACAUGCAGCUCGACCUUUGGCUUUAAACUACAGGAUUUCACAGAAAGUACCUUUAACUCUGACGUCACGGGCGCAUCUUUCACUGCCCGGUUUGUGAACACUCGACUCGUAUCGGCAGCUAAAAUCAGGUCCAAAUUCACUUCGGAGGAGUUUCAUUCAUGAGUGUGUCUAAAUAUUUAUUUGUAGCUGAGUAACAAACCAUCAAACCAGUUCCCUCCCAUGUGUGGUCUUUAACUCGUGUCCCGGCGCUGCUGUAGGUUAGUGAAGAGCUGCUUCGUACUGUACAAACUGCCUUCAGGCCGUGGCGUCGUGUAGCUUUGUGUCCUGGUGCGCCGUCUCCGGGUUCAUCGGGAGAAAACUCAGUUUUCGUUGUGGAAGCGUUCUCACGCUUCUCCGUCAUCCUCACACAGUUUCUCACGUUGUUAAUGACGGUUCACAGUGCUGUGGUUCAGGACGCAGUUUACUUUGAGUUUCUCCAUCCGAAGUCACACUUUCACCUCUCUGUUCCCCUCACACACCGCCUGAGGUUUCCUGCGCCGCAGAAAGUCCUGCAGAUGUGGUGGUGGUUUGAGCUAACAGCUGGAUCCAGGCUCCUCUCACAGGUGUCACAUUUUUCUAAGAUUUCUUAUAAAAACCAAAAACUUGAUAAACAAAAAGGAAGAAAAACUGUAAGUGGAGUCGAUGCGACGAGACGGGCGGCAGCAUUAAGAUCCCGACAAGCCUCAGCGACAUUCCUCACAGGGUUCCUGCUGCUGUACGAGUGUGUCUGCGUACACACACGCAUACACACACACAGACGUGGCUGCUUGGCACUCAUCAUUUUCAAACCCCAAUCUGACAAACAGAAGCACAAAUAAAGAAUAAAUGUGAGUCUGGCCACAGUCUGAGUGACAGGUGAAGGGUCACAGGUCGUGUAAGAUGAAAGAUGAAGCUGGAGUUUUACUGAGGACCCCUCCACCCUCCACCGUCACUUGGCUCCUGCUCCAAGAAUGAAUUCAAACCAGAGAAUGUAAAACACGCCCGGCAGCAUGUGGUCCACAGCAAACACCUGCACUUCAGGUAGUGUCAGGAAACUCCCCCUGUGUUAAAGCAGAGCAGAGUAAUUACCCCUGUACUUAACAAGCAGAGUAAAUAUAGGAACUGGAGUCAUUAUAAAUACCUGUAACAUAUGUGGUAAUUACAGAGUAUUUGUACUGUAUUUACAUUUAGUUUUUCCAUUAAGUACCUGCUUUCAUUUGAGACGGUCAGUUUGAAUGUGGGCUAUUGUAACUGUACAGUAAUUAUCCUGCAGCCACUGAAGAGACUCAGUCCCUGACACUUCCUGUUUCACAAUAAAAGCCUUCUCCUGAACAGUGGAGGCCUUUAAAAGCAAAAGAGCUCAUAAACAGGCCAGAGUCAACAAAGUGCAGCAUAAAUGAAGGCUGAGGAUAAACACAAUGAUCAUAAAUACAAACUCUCUCACACACUCAGCCUUCAUGACGAUUAGCCAGGAGAGAACAUCAGUCUGCCCCUGAUAUCAGCGCCCCCUGCUGUUUAAGCAGUGUAGCUGUGAUUAAAUCACCACAUUGAUCUAUUGAUUGAUGAAUGAGCCAAUCAGCUGUUUGAAACUUUAUAGCUUUAGAGCUCACAUGUGGGUUGAUGGUGUAUAAGAAUAAAAUAUUGAUUUGACCUAAAUGCCAAAUUGACCCCAGCUUUCUAACGAGGGUAUCAAUUUAAAAAUGUGCUAAUGCCCGAUUAUUGUAAAUACCCAGCAGCAGCGGCAGUUUUGCACGACCCACCAGAGAAAGGAGUCACAGUCGCUCCCGAGCUCAGUGUUUGAUAUGUAAUUAAUUUCUUUGUGAGUUCAAAUGUUUGUGGCUGUCACAGAUAAAGAAUCUGUAGUACGGCACUGAUUAAAGCUGCAGCAGGAGGAGGGGGGUUAGGGAGGGGUUAGCAGAUGUUAAAGGUUCAGCAUGUAGGAUUUUCUCACCUGUAAACAGGUAAACACAAACUGGCAGAGGAAGCGGAUCCUUUUACGCCAAGUCCGUUUGACGAGCUCUUCGGCACUCUCAGGUCUCUGACAGCGAGGCGGGAAUCCUGCACGCUGCACCUUUAACGGUCGGCGGGGGGGCUGUAGGUUUCGCCCUCCUGAGGCGCCUCGGUUUGAAAGCAGCUGUGGGGACAGAAUUCGUUAUCUGUGGGUCUGAGGGGGCUGAUGUGGGGCAGGGAGGGAGAGACUGUACCAAGUGUUGUAGUGUUUCUGUAUUAUAAUUCUGUCUGUUCUCCAGAGGAUCUGAACAUCGUUGGCUUUCUGUAGCUUUUAUCACUAUGGGGGAAGUUGAACCAAGUUUCUAUUCUUUUGUUUCCCUUCAUGAAGGUGAAGACGAACGCCAUCUAUCUGUAAUCUUCUGCUCUUUCUGUCUCUCCUCGUGUUGUGAAAGGCUUUUUGUGCUCGAUCAAGUUCAUGACAGGAAAUUAAAAUUGUUACAAGUUGAAAACC